UGUUACAAUAACCUUUUUUAGUGCAGAAAUAUCAAGUGGCCUGAAAAAAGUGGUGAAAGUCUAGCAAACUUUUCUCUACCAGCUUCAGUCUGCUCAGGGCCGGUCUUAAUUACCUCAAAUGUAAUAGUACAACUACCCAGAAACAGGUCUGGAAGUGAAAACAUGGGUGACACUGUCCGCAGUCGAGCAAGCUUUAUAUAACUGCUGUGCAGAAAGGAAGCUCUUGCUCUGAGUCUGACUGAUCACAUAGAAACGAGCUGCCUCUGAGCUCAUAAUGAUGCAAAGCUUGCUUGACUGUGGACAGUGUGGACUUUCAAGGGACUUUGUGGACUUUGCAGUUCUCAAAAGCAAACAUGGAAGACUCCUGUGCCAAAUGGUCAGCAUCAGGAGGUAGAAGAAGAAGAAACGUUUAAUGUUUUUGUUGCUCUUCAUGGUUUUUAACGUUUUGUUGUUUCUUGUCUGUUUCAGUGAUGAAGCUGAACUUCUAUGUAGCUUAUCUCCUGUGUUUGGUGCUCAGCCUGGUAUGCGUGGUGCUGGUCGUCCACUGGAACGCCAGCUACCGGGGUGGCUUCGCCUGGGACGGCCAAGCCAGGCAGUUUAACUGGCACCCUGUGCUCAUGGUCAUCGGCCUGGUGGUGCUGUACGGGAACGCUGCCGUGGUGUACCGCGUCCCUCUGACCUGGACUCAGAACAAACAGCCGUGGAAGAUCCUCCAUGCCGUCCUCCUCCUCCUCGCACUCCUCUUCUCUAUUUUGGGUCUGUGUGCCGUGUUUGACUUCCACAACACCAAUCACACUCCAAAUCUCUAUUCUCUACACAGCUGGGUGGGAAUCGUCACCACCGCCCUGUUCACUGCUCAGUGGCUGGUGGGAUUCGGCGUUUUCCUCCUGCCCUGUUCUCCUCUGACUGUACGCUCACUGAUCAAACCUACUCAUGUGUGGAUGGGAUCCACCAUUCUGGUGCUGAGCGUCGUCUCCUGCAUCUCGGGCAUCAAUGAGAAGCUGUUUUUCGUUCUAAAAGCAGGAGCCAAUGGGAUGCUGCCGUACUCUGAGCUGCCACCCGAGGCGGUGGUUGCUAAUUUGCUCGGGGUCGUGAUCGUCAUCUUGGUAUUGAUCGUCCUGAAAAUCCUGUCCAAUCAGACGUGGCGGCGUCCUGAGCCAGGAAACGAGGAGGCGGAUUACAGGCAAUUACCAGUGGAGGAAAGCUGAGGACUUUCUGCUGUCCGUGUCGGAGUGAGAUCCGGGUUUUUGAUACGCACAUAUUAGAACGAUGAUUUACAUGCUGGUGUUUUUUUGUUUUUUUUUGCUUCUGGGUUUGCAGUGCAUUAUUAUAUGCAGGGAGGCAGAAAAACAUGGUCCGUCUGCAUAAAUCAGGGUGUGUGUGUGUGUGUGUGUUGCAACUUCUUCAAACAGAUUUGUGCAGAAAUACCCUGCUUGUGUAAAACUACAAUCCAAAAAUCAUUUUUAUUUACUGACAUUUAUUUAUGUCAAUGCACUAAGGUUGGGAGGGAACGGGCAUUUCAUUGUGAUUGUAAACAAAUAUAAUGUGUCAGAUCUUUUGUGAAAUGUGCAACAAACAAUAAAUGAGCAAUAAAAUGCUUUAACAAUCUUAAA